UUAAAUAAACAUGUUUUCUGAUUUUCAAUUUCCGAUAUAAUGAACGGUAAAGUAUGUAACACCAAUCUCAAUACAACACGGAGUACAAUAGAACACAAUACAAAAUGGUCCAUGUAACUUAUUAACCAAAAAAAGAGUAGCCCGUAUCCCAUAUGGCGUAAGAGACCAUCUAUAUAUGCAAAGGGGGCAAGUCAAACAACAAAAAGAGCGCCACUCUCUUACUUUUACACUCUUUUGUAUCCAUGCAAUCUUAAAUAAAGUUAUGUUGACACCCAACCCCUUAACUUUUUCGCAAUAGUAAACCAGACCCUUGAAACCCGUAAAGCUACGAAAAAAAGUACACUUUUGAAUUCUUUCCAAAACUGCGGACGACUCCGGUAGUGGUUCGCAACCCAGGGAGUGUACACACUGCGCCUCUCUUCUCCUCUCCUUUCUUCCUCGUCUCUGUUAAAAUCUGAAAUUUUGGUGCUCUCUUCUUCUGAAGAUGUAUAAGAACCAGCUACAGGAGCUGGCCCAAAGGAGCUGCUUCACCUUGCCGUCGUACACUUGCAUUAGGGAAGGUCCCGACCAUGCCCCUCGCUUCAAAGCCGUCGUUAACUUCAACGGCGAGUCCUUCGAGAGCCCCCACCACUUCUCCACCCUCCGCUUAGCCGAGCACGCCGCCGCUGAAGUGGCGCUCAAUUCCCUCUCCCACAGCGGCCCCUCUUACUCGCUCGCCGCAAGAAUACUCGAUGAAACUGGAGUGUAUAAAAACCUAUUACAAGCAAUCUCCCAAAGAGUUGGGUCUCCUUUGCCUCAAUAUGCAACAUUCAGAUCGGGCCUCGGGCACCAUCCAGUCUUUACGGGAACGGUUGAACUAGCCGGAAUCACAUUUACCGGGGAGCCCGCCAAAACAAAAAAACAGGCCGAGAAAAAUGCUGCUUUGGCAGCUUGGUCAUCUUUAAAACAAUUGGCAAAACAAGAUGCAAAUUCAUCAUCAGAGCCAGAGAACACAGAAGAGCAUGAGCAGAUGAGGAUCGCGAGGGCGCUACAAACCUACUGUUUAAAGGAAAAGAUCGAAAUCUCUAACAACUCCAGCAUACCCUUCCAGAAGAAGUUCCCCACCCCAUCUAGUCCACACUGCCCCCCAUCAUCCACGUCAAAGAUCCUACCUUUAUUUUCCCAAAAAUCCGUUCAUCGUCAUAGAUCUUCACCUGCAAUGGUCGUCGGUGAUAAUUAUGGCCCUUCAUCACACCCUCUUCCCCAAAAGUAUCCUUAUGUUCCUCCUAGACAGUAUAGAGCGCCUUGCCAUUCCAUUGCUCCCGCUGUCAAUAUACGAACUUCAGUUCCAGUUUUCUCUGCACCCCCACGGGCCCCACCUGUUCGAGUUGCGCCACCCGUAUCUAUCAGGCAGGCUGUUCCUGUUUUUGCUGCUCCCCCAGCCCCAAAGGAAACUGCAGUGGUUUCGUCGUCCAAGAUUGAGGAGGAAGCUGCAAAGAAGUGUGAAGUUGUGGAGGUUGACGAAUCUAUAGCUUUGAAGUGUUUGGAACGGCUCCAGAUUUGAUCUAUAACAUUUUUUUGUUCUUGGUCGUACCUUAUUUUGUUGAUGAAUAUACUAUGCACAAGUGGUUCUCUGCUGUUGAUGCUGCAUGGUAGUGUAAACUUACCGUUACAAAAGCAGGUCACUUGGUUUAAACAUUUGCCACUAUUAAGUUUUGCUAUUAUGAGGAUGACCUUGUACUGUUUCAUCAUCAAGGAUAUAUGUGACAAUUAAACUAGUUUGUUGUUGAUUGUUAUGGCUUUCAACUCAUCAUGAUUCAUGCAGCUGUCGCCUUUGACCCUUUUGGCCUUAUUACAUAAAUUGAAAAUCUAUCAAAAGUUUCUGUUUGUUUGCAAA